CGAUGGUCGACGUGUUUACUGUUUACACAGAGAGGGUGUCUGUCUAAAGUUCAGCCCUUCGGUCAGUCCUCUGCAGACAGUGGUUGGAUUUAUCUGUCAGCAACAUUUUAAAUAAUUUGAGAUAAAACAAGGCACUGGACCAAAUGAAGAAAGACGAGCUCGAGAGGCAGUAUUCGCCCAGCAGGUGGUCCCACAGGAUGUCUGCGGACGACGUGAUCAAGGCCCAUGUGAAGGCUCUCAAGGAAGGUACGGAGCAAGCCCGUGGCCUGGCUCAGACUUUGCUCAAUGUGCCAUAUGGGGAAGGAGAUGGAGAGAAACUGGAUGUGUAUAUACCCAGGACCAACUCAUUGGAUGUCAACCUAGUUAUUUACCUCCAUGGAGGUUACUGGCAGUUUCUCAGCAAGGAUGAAUCAGGAUUCAUGGCUGUUCCACUUAUCGAUAAGGGUGUAGUUGUGAUUGCUGUUGGUUACGACAUCGCUCCAAAAGGUAACAUGGACCUGAUGGUAUCACAAGUUCGCAGGAGUGUCGUGUCAGUUGUUCAGCAGUAUUCUCACAUCAGUGGUCUUUACCUGUGUGGCCACUCUGCUGGGGCUCACCUGGCUGCGAUGGUGCUUUCCACUGACUGGUCGCAGUACAGCAUCACUCCUCAGAUCAAAGGUGCUUUUCUUGUGAGUGGCAUAUACGACCUCCUUCCGAUCCUCUCCACCUACGUUAAUGAGCCUUUGAAGAUGACAGAGGAGGUGGCAGUCAGAAACAGCCCCAGCCAGCUGGUCCCUCAGCUAAAACUCUCCUCCUCCAGCUGUCAGAUUGUUGUGGCUGUCGCUGAGGACGACUCACCGGAGUUUCGCAAGCAGUCAGAAGAAUACCAAAAAACUUUGGAAGCAUCAGGACUGAAUGUGACCUUUGAGGAUGUGGCGAAUACAGACCAUUUCAGUAUCAUUGAGCAACUGGUAAAUGAGGAGUAUCAUCUAACAAAGCUUCUCCUGAAGAUGAUGGGCAAAAGCUGAAGGGUUUUGAUCGUCAUCUACCAUCAACACGCCUGUGAAUCAACAUUCACCUCUGAACAGAGUCUUCAUGCAGCACAGAAAAUAUUCGUUUCAGGCUUGAAAUAUGGUAAACAUACUGCUUCUGUCUAUUUUGUUUUUGACUUUAUUAUUUAUUAUGAAGUUUGUUCAUUGUAGUUACUGCUAUCAAAUAAAGCUCUAUACAUAAAGUCAACAUCUUAUGAGAACAUUGCGUGCCUAAAGCCUUGUCACUUCAGUGACUGUAGCAAAAUGUUACUACCCACUUCAUUUGUAAAAAGUUGUCAGGAAACAUGGCUCCACUGCAUACUAAUUGUUGUAGAGUUGAUUGUUAGCUUUGGUGUGUUUCCAGUGUUCUGUAGAUCAGUAGGCCAGUCUGGUUUACAUUAUUGUUUUGCUUUUAUGUGACAAUCUGCACCACAACUUUGGUCAGACCCUCAUAGAGACACAUUUACACUGACUGUAGCUUUUCAAGUUUGCCAAUCUCACCAGGGACCCUUCAUAGUUGGUAAUGACGACUACAUAUUUGCACUUGAUCCUGAUUAGUUUAAGAAUACUAAUAUGUAAAUUAUCAUUUUAAAAUUGCAAACGUAAUUGUAAAACUUGGAAAUACUUGCUGCCACUAUUCUAGCAUCUUAUAUAAUUGUUGUUUUUGUCAAAAUGCUGGAUUCUAAAAUGAAAAAUCACAAUAAAUUUAUAUUUGAGAA